ACAAGGCACCAACCCCUCCCCAUCUUCAAAUAAUUCCUAAAGCUCUCUUUCUUCCUUGACACACACACACACACAAUGGCUUCGACAGCUUUGUCACAAUCUCUCUUCUCCAUUCUCAGUUCUCACAGAAACCUUGAGAAUGGCUCACUUCCUCUGAAAAGAUCAAUGCUCAAACAAUCCCUUGUUGUCUCAAAAUCACAUUCCUUGAAAACCCAUUUCAAGAAUAGCUUCAUCACCAACUGUGCCUCUCCUGAAAAUGAUGCAACUUCCAAAUCUGAAACCCCAAUUGAAUUGAGGUACCCAGCAUUUCCUACUGUGAUGGAUAUCAAUCAGAUUCGUGAGAUUUUACCCCAUCGUUUUCCAUUUCUACUAGUGGAUAGAGUGAUUGAAUACAAUCCGGGAGUGUCAGCUGUGGCUAUAAAGAAUGUGACAAUUAAUGAUAACUUUUUUCCUGGUCAUUUCCCUGAGAGGCCAAUCAUGCCUGGUGUCCUCAUGGUUGAGGCAAUGGCACAAGUUGGCGGCAUAGUUAUGUUGCAACCUGAAGUGGGAGGCUCCCGGGAGAAUUUCUUUUUCGCUGGAGUAGACAAAGUGAGGUUCAGGAAGCCAGUGGUGGCUGGAGAUACUUUGGUAAUGAGAAUGACACUGAUCAAGCUGCAAAAACGUUUUGGAAUAGCGAAAAUGGAAGGCAAGGCAUAUGUAGGAGAGGAUGUGGUUUGUGAGGGUGAGUUCUUGAUGGCUAUGGGCAGUUAAUUCUCUGCUGCUAUUAGUAGUUUGAAUUUCUUGAACUUUGAUUAGUUUUCCAUCUUUUCCCUCCCAAAUCUAAUAGAUUCCUUUUCAUAUGAGGCUUUUGGUGUCUUUUCUUUCCAAAUUAAACUAUAAAUUGUAUACAUUUAGUAUUGAAUGCCAGUUUUCUGUAUCUGAGUGUAGAAAAUACUAA